GAUAACUUUGAACCGCAAGCCUUUUCUCUGAAAGGAUCUGUGACCUGUCAUCACCUCUCCCAGUGAGUGUGUGUAUCUGAGCUCAGCGGCACUUCUGUCACUUUGUGCUCCCAGAUCUCCCUCAGCAGCCGCAAAAAAAAAGAAGAAGAAGAAGAAGAAAAAAAAAAAACACUCCCGGGGACUACAGGCUGCAAGAUUAGGGAAGGAUGGGGUCACCAGUUGCCCUGCUGCCCCUGCUCCUCCUUCUGGGCUUCUCUGAUAUUGCAUUCAGCCUGAACCCAGAUGAUCCCAACGUGUGCAGCCACUGGGAGAGCUACGCCGUCACCGUCCAGGAAACCUACGCUCACCCGUUCAACCAGAUCUAUUACACCAGAUGCACAGACAUCCUCAACUGGUUUAAAUGCACGAAGCACAGGAUCAGUUAUAGGACGGCUUACCGGCGGGGAGUCAGGACCAUGUAUAGGCGCCGCUCGCAGUGUUGCCCUGGUUACUUUGAGAGCGGAGACUUGUGUGUUCCUCUGUGCACGGAGGAGUGCGUCCACGGCCGCUGCGUGUCUCCUGAUACGUGCCAGUGCGAGCCUGGCUGGGGAGGCCUGGACUGCUCCAGUGCAAACACAGCCAAUGGAACAGGCUGCGAGAGCGACUUCUGGGGACCGCACUGCAAUAAUCGAUGCCAGUGCCAGAACGGGGCAAAGUGCAACCCCAUCACAGGCGCCUGCGUCUGCACUGACGGGUACCAGGGGUGGCGCUGCGAAGAGCCCUGCGAGCACGGUUACUAUGGCAAGAUGUGCCAUCUGACCUGCCAGUGUCUCAACGGUGCCACCUGCAACCACGAGACAGGGGAGUGCAUCUGCGCACCGGGGUACACCGGGGCUUUCUGCGGGCAGCGCUGCCCCUCCGGGAGUCACGGGCCUCAGUGUGAGCAACGCUGCCCCUGUCAGAACGGAGGGACGUGCCACCACAUCACCGGAGACUGCUCCUGCCCGUCCGGGUGGACGGGCUCGGUUUGCGCUCACCCCUGCCCUCCUGGCAAGUACGGCAUCAACUGCAGCAAAGACUGCUCCUGCCGUAACGGCGGACUCUGCGACCACGUCACGGGGCAGUGCCAGUGCGCAGCUGGCUUCAGCGGACGCAGAUGUCAGGAUGACUGUCCUGUAGGCACCUACGGUCCGCAGUGUAACCAGAGGUGUGAGUGUCAGAAUGGAGCCAAGUGUCACCACAUCAAUGGAGCCUGUCUAUGUGAAACAGGGUUUAAAGGUCCUAAUUGCCAAGAGAGAUUCUGUCCUCCAGGCCUGUACGGCCACAUUUGUGACAAGUACUGCCCCUGUAAUACCACCAACACCGUGAGCUGCCAUCCUCUUUCUGGUGAAUGCACCUGCUCUGCGGGAUGGACAGGGCUUUACUGUAAUGAGACCUGCCCGCCCGGGUUCUACGGAGAGGGAUGCAUGCUGUCUUGCAGCUGUGCCAAUGGAGCUGACUGUCAUCCUGUCACAGGUGCCUGUAUAUGUGCCCCUGGGUUUAUGGGUGAGGACUGUGCCACGGUGUGUCCUCCUGGUCUGUUCGGGCCGAGCUGCAUGUCCACAUGUUCCUGCCACAAUCACGCGUCCUGCUCUCCCGUCGACGGCUCCUGCGUCUGCAGAGAAGGCUGGCAGGGUGUGGACUGCUCCAUCCUCUGUUCCAGUGGUACCUGGGGUCUGGGCUGCAACCAGACAUGCUUAUGCAGCAACGGCGCCGCCUGUGAUCCCAUAGAUGGCACCUGUACCUGUUCUCCCGGGUGGAGGGGAGAGCACUGCCAGGAGUCCUGUCCUGACGGUACAUAUGGGUUGGAGUGUCGUGAACGAUGUGACUGCAGCCAUGCUGACGGCUGCGACCCUGUGAGCGGUUACUGUCGCUGCUACCCCGGCUGGACAGGAAUCCACUGUGAUAACGUGUGCCCACAAGGCUUCUGGGGACCCAACUGUUCAGUCAGCUGUUCCUGUCAGAACGGAGGAUCCUGCUCUCCCGAGGACGGCACAUGUGUCUGUGCACCUGGAUACCGAGGGACCUCCUGCAAGAGAAGCUGCUCUCCAGGGUUCUACGGACACCGCUGCAGCCAGUCGUGUCCGCAGUGCGUGCACAGCACCGGGCCGUGCCAUCACAUCACGGGCCACUGCGAGUGCCUGUCCGGCUUCUCUGGGUCUCUGUGCAACCAAGUGUGCCCAAGCGGCAGGUACGGGAGGGCUUGCGCUGAGAUCUGCCUCUGUACCAACAACGGCACCUGCAACCCCAUCGAUGGCUCUUGCCAGUGCUUCCCAGGCUGGAUUGGAGAGGACUGCUCUCAGGCCUGUCCCUCUGGGCACUGGGGCCCUGAUUGUCUCAACUCGUGUAACUGUCACAACGGCGCCCAGUGCAGUGCCUAUGAUGGGGAGUGCAGGUGCAGCCCAGGCUGGACCGGUCUCUACUGCACACAGCGCUGUCCUUCAGGGUUUUACGGCAGGGACUGCGCCGAGGUCUGCCGCUGCCAGAACGGCGCCGACUGCGACCACAUCUCUGGCCAGUGCGCCUGCCGAACCGGCUUCAUCGGGACGAGCUGUGAGCAGAAGUGUCCUGCUGGUACAUUUGGGUACGGCUGCCAGCAGCUGUGUGAGUGCCUGAACAAUGCUACCUGCGACUAUGUGACUGGAACGUGCUACUGCAGCCCUGGAUAUAAAGGCAUCCGCUGCGAUCAAGCAGCUCUCAUGAUGGAGGAGCUGAACCCGUACACCAAGAUCAGUCCAGCUCGAGGCUCAGAGCGCCAGUCGGCAGGGGCCGUCAUGGGCAUCAUCUUCCUCCUCCUCAUCAUUAUGGCCAUGCUUAGCCUGUUUGUGUGGUACAGACAACGGCAGAGGGACAAGGGGCACGAGAUCCAGCCCAGUGUGUCCUACUCACAAGCAAUGCACAUCACCAACACUGACUAUUCUCUGUCUGAGUGUGGCAGCACUGUGGCGAUGAGGACCAGCGCUCCUGAGGUCAAUCAGAGCCAGAACAGCAGCAGCAGCGGCAGUGGACAGUGCUUCUCCAACCCCAGCUACCACACUGUGGCGCAAUGCAACGUGCUCUCCACCAUUUCCAGUAACCUGGAAGGAACUCUGACACUCAAAUCGAGCACUCUGAAAAGCAGAAAUGGCUCCGAAUGGAGAGCGUACUGCAACCUCAACGACCUGGAUGUUCAGCAGGGCGAGACACAGACACAACGAGGCUCCAGAAAAGAUUACAUCAAGGGCUCCAUGUGCAGCAACAGCUCCUGCUCCCUGAAUAGUGAGAAUCCAUACGCCACCAUUAGAGACCCACCAGGGCUGGCGUGCAAGCACACAGAGAGCAGCUAUGUGGAGAUGAAAUCCCCCUCCCACCGUGAAGUGCCCUUUGGAGGCACUGCCACCCUCCUGGGCAGUGUGAGCAGGAAUGUCUAUGAUGUUGAGCCUACGGUGAGCGUCCUGCAGGGGCCCAACGGGAUGGCCACCGGCUUCUCCCAGAACCCCUAUGACCUUCCCCGCAACACCCACAUCCCCAACCACUACGACAUACUGCCCAUGCGUCACAGCCCCACGCACACACCUCCGCCGCCCCCAGAAAGCCCCAGCUCCCUCCUCUAGAGAGCACGCCCUCCACCUGGCCCCUGACAGCGUGCCGGCAUCCAGGAAACGUUCAGACAACUUCCAGCCAGGCCCUCCCUUUGUCUCAGUCCGUGUUUGAUACUGAGAUCUUGUUGAGAUGGAGGGACAGCCGCCGCUCGUCUGGGCUCUCAGCCCCCCAAACUUACACUCUUUCUGUGGCACCCCCAAGGAUGGAGGGGAGGGAAGAGUGCCCCACACACCAGCGACCAUUCACCCCUUUUUAUUUUCCUAUACGACUGCUCACUCAAGCUGCUGCCCAGACUCUUUACGGACCUCCUGAAAUGGAACGAAAUGGUUCCUAACAGCGCUGAAGGCAGUGUACAUGGAUUGGGUAGACAGUUUAUUCACAGGGAUGGAGCUAUCCUCACACUCAUUUUCAGCCCACAGUAUAGGUUUACUAUUCAGGAGCAGCCAAGUGUUUGUAAUAUCCUCCAGACGGAAGUGAUUUUCCCCGAAGGAAGGAAGGUAUUGCAGCCUUGACCAUGUCAAAGUCAAGAUUUAUUAUGUAUAGAGAGUUAAAGAGCUUUCAGCGUGUGCUGCUGCUGGAGAUGGUCUGCUCUGAGGUGAUGAAAUGAUCAGCCAAAGUGGAAAAUUACUUCUAUUUGGGAUAUGAAACAGGAAAACUGAGUUGAGAGUGAACUGAGGACGCAUGGAUAAAUAGUAAAAUAUUGUAAUGGUUCUUUAUCCACUGUUAUCCAGUAAUGGUCACAUAGUUUAUACUAAUGUGAGAUCUAUCUGUAACUUAAAAGCUUCUUUAAGUUUUAGUGUUAAUGAGGUCCAGAGUGUCUGGACAUGUAUUCAGGUCACCAGUGUUCAUACAUUUAUUACGGUAACAGACGUUACAGGCGUACAGGACACUUUGGAUU